UGCAAGUGGAGGAAAUGUGAGGAAAAGCAGGGUGAUGUGACCCUGUGUAAACUCUUAAUGACCACCUCUCUCUCUUCAGCCAAACACGCGUGAAACAGCGGCGGUGCGUCCACGUCCAGGCUGCAGCCAGCAUGACUCUGUCCGGCGCGUCGUCGGAUGCUUGUCAGCUCGUUUCACGCGACCGCAUGGAGCCGGAGCUGUGGAUAUAACCGAACUUCACUCAUGCUUUCACGGUAAUAGUGGCUGCAACACGUUGGGGGAAAAAAAACAAACAAAAGCCAGCACGCACACUUUCGGAGAGAGGGAGCUACGAUGCGGGGCACUUUAGGCGCUUUCUUUCACUCCUGCGUGCUCCUCCUGGUCCGAGCAGACCAGUGGAGGUUAAAGGACAGUGGAGCCAACUGCGAGCUGAACAUGAAACAAACAGACCUGAACUCCUUCCUGUGGACUAUCAAACGGGACCCUCCCUCAUAUUUCUACGGUACAAUCCAUGUUCCCUACACGCGUGUUUGGGACUUCAUCCCUGAAAACUCCAAGCAGGCCUUCCAGGAGAGCAACAUCGUCUACUUUGAACUGGACCUGACGGACCCUUACACCAUCUCAGCCCUGACCAGCUGCCAGCUGCUUCCUCAGGGCGAGAACCUGCAGGACGUCCUGCCCAGGGAUAUCUAUCGGAGACUAAAGAGACACCUGGAAUACGUCAAGCUCAUGAUGCCCUCGUGGAUGACCCCAGAUCAGAGAGGGAAAGGACUCUACGCGGACUACCUCUUCAACGCCAUCGCUGGAAACUGGGAACGGAAGCGGCCCGUGUGGGUGAUGCUGAUGGUGAACUCGCUAACGGAGGCUGAUAUAAAGACGCGAGGGGUGCCGGUGCUGGACUUGUACCUGGCCCAGGAGGCGGAAAGGAUGAGGAAGAGGACGGGGGCUGUGGAGAAAGUGGAGGAACAGUGUCAUCCACUCAACGGGCUCAACUUCUCACAAGUGAUCUUUGCCCUGAACCAGACGUUACUACAGCAGGAGUCUCUGCGGGCAGGAAGCCUACAAGUUCCAUACACCACUGAGGACCUCAUCAGGCACUACAACUGCGGAGAUCUGAACUCCAUCAUCUUUAAUCAUGACACCUCCCAGGUCCCCAACUUCAACAAUGUGACACUGCCGCCCAGUGAGCAGGUGACUGCCCAGGAAAUAGACAGCUACUUCCGACAGGAACUCAUCUACAAGAGGAAUGAGAGGAUGGGCAAGAGGGUGAAGGCACUGCUGGAGGAUCACCCUGACAAGAGCUUCUUCUUCGCCUUUGGAGCAGGUCACUUUCUUGGCAACAAUACAGUCAUUGAUGUGCUCCGCCGCGAGGGAUACGAGGUGGAGCACACCCCUGCUGGGGUACCAAUAAACAGGCGAUCAAGGCCAUCAGACUCUGAAGAACACCAUGCUGAGUCUCCUCUCCUGGAGCCGUUCCUCCACGAGCUCCCCCACAAAGAGGAAGACGAGGGGCGUCCCCUGGAGGACGAUCUGUUACCACACAUGCUCCUGCCUGCUGACAGCCUGGAGCUGCUGGAGAAAGCGGAGAGGAAGAUGCUGAAGAAAAAGAGGAGGAACAAGCAGAAGAAACAGCGGCACCGGCAUUUUAACGACCUCUGGGUUCGAAUAGAGGAGAGCACGUUGGUCCAGUCUCCACCUCCUCCGCUGGUCCGCAUCAUCAAUGGCUACAUCACAGUGCGACCCCCUGACAGAAUCCAAAACCACAACAACCACCACCACACAUCUUCAGCAUCCACCACCUCUUCACCCUCAGCAACACUCGCCCUCCUCGGCGCCGUGUUCACAAUGCAGACGUGGACUGUUUUCCUCUAGUAGAGCAUAACGACGGGACCUUCUCGUCCAGUAUAAACUGUCAUAUGCGGUGGCUUCAGCUCAUGUUCUCCGAGUCCUGAUCCUGCAUCACAAUACCUAGAAGAGGCCUCAAAUAAAUGGCCCACUCUGCAGAAUGGAAAAGCAUGGAGAAAUGCUGUGAAACCAGCUCUAGCUGUAACGUAACAGGACACUCAGUCAUGUCAAUAGAGCACAUCUUUUACAAAUGGAGGACUUGAUGAGCAUGUUAAAGCCCUCAUAUGGUUUCAGUUUUUUUGCGCAAAGAAAAAACUGCAGGCAAGCGUGCACAGAUAGCAGGCAGGAGGAGUGACAGCUCACAAACAGCAGUAUUAAGAGACAUCUCACUUAACAUUACUCAGCCUGACAGUUCCCUAAUGGACUAGAGUAUUACAAUAGACUCUCAUCGUUCAAUGUGAAGUAACCCUGAGAAUUAAAGAACUUACAUUGUGAAAGCGAUUGCUAAAUAUCAAAUACCUUCAAUAAGUACAGCUGGAACCAUUUGUCUUUUUUAUAAGUGUGUGUGUGUGUGUGUGUUGUGUGUGUGUGUGUGUGUGUGUGUGUGUGUGUGUGUGUGUGUGUGUGACAGAUUGUGUGUGUGUGUGUGUGUGUGUGUGUGUGUGUGACAGAUUGUGUGUUUGUGUGUGUGUGUGAGAGAAACAAAUUCUAUCAGCUCUUAAACACCCCGGGGCUUUGCAAACAGAGGACUUCAGAUGAUUCUUCCUUUUGCAGAAGAGUAUUGCAUAAAGACCUACAGUGGGGUAAAUUGUACAUAAUGUUUCUAAAUAUUAUAGAUGUAUUUUAGAAUUAUAAAAAAAAAGGAAAUUAUCACAAGUGUUGUCGUUGUUUAUAUAAAUAUAUAAAAUAGAUAUGCAGUAUAUUUUGAAAAGAAAAUCAGGAACUAACCACCAUAGCUCAUGCGUCAUGUCUCUCACUGAAAUGAAAGGUGACGUGCUGUUGUAUUGAACUUCAUGUAUCAGUGUUACCACUUUGCUUUGCUGUAUGUCACCUGAGAAACCAUGUUGUGUUUUUUUUUUCACCUAGAGAUUUUUGUUUUGUUUAAUUUAUUAAACUACAAUAGUUUUGCUGUAGGCCAUAUCAAACAUUCCCCAUGUUUUUCUUAUUUUUCCUUUCAGUUCACAUUAUGAUGUCCAAAUGUGUUUUUGUCAAAUGUUUUCAAGUUUGAUUUCCGAGCAUAUGAUUGUUAAAACAAUACUACAAAAUAAUAAUACAGUAAGUACAAAAGGCUGUCUUCACAGAUAGACAACAUACAGCAUAGGACGUUAGGUCUUUUACAUUUCCCCGGUAUAAAAUGACUGUUAUAGUAUUUCAAUGAAACAAUAAAAUAUUUAUCUAGAUAUGAAUCGUAUUGUUUGGCUGUAAAGUAAAUUCAUUUGAAUCUUCUCUUCAGACUUAAUUUCUGUCCGUUGGCAUCUGUUGUUGUUCACCAUGAUACAUUCUUAAUGAUAUGGGGCUUGUCAAAGUGUAUUAAAAUACUAAACACAGAAAAAAAAAAUGAGCUACUAUUAUUUAAAAAUGAAACGAGACUUGCCACUGUAACUUUGCUAA